UCAGUAGGCUAAAAAUGGAGCCAAGAUUUCACCUUUGCAAUCUGUUUUCUGGGUUUGAGAGCUCACAAAAGCCAAAUUCUCAGUCUUCUCUUUCACGUCUGUCGUUUUACUCUAUCAUCAUCAUCAUCUCAUGGGUAUUACGCCAUUUUCUACCAGAAAUCUAACAAAAAAGGUCCCUUUUUCCUCUCUUUUCCCCGCUCCUCUCACUUAUGUUCUUCCCCCUUUUCUCUCUUCUCGCCAAUCGCCAUGAAUCCUGAUUGCGACGGAUAGCGUAAGUUUGAUUUCUGCCGAUUAUGUGGUUUUGAAUUUGUAGGAUUCAUGAUUGCUCAAGGUACGUUGAAUCAUCACUUUGGAGGCCUUUUCCGUGCUAUCUGGAUUUUGUGUUCUGAUUUGGGAACUAGGGUUUUAUUCAUUUUAGUUAGUUUUUGUCCCCCGAUUCUCGAUGGAAGAGGUAGAAAGGGCAAAUAGUGCCGCAAUUGAAAGCUGUUAUAGAGUCGUUCAUCUCUUGUCCCAUCCCCAAAAUCAGAAUCACUACGGAAAUCUCUCGGAUCAAACAGGGGAUGCUGUAAGCAAGUUCAGGAAAGUUGUCUCUCUCCUUAGUUCCAGUAAUGGUCAUGCUAGAGUGAGGAGAUUCAAGAAAAUUCAAUCUCCAUUCCCCCAAAAUAUGUUCUUAGAGAAUCCAAUAGCUAGAAUAGAGGAUCAGUAUUGGAAACCGCCUUCAUUUAGUCAAAUGAAUCCUAUGGAGAGUAGUAAUCCCCUUCAAGAGAUGAAGAGUGCACUCACAUUGGAAUUGAGCCCACACGCGAAGAAUCUACCUCAGUUUUCGGCUAAUUAUCAUGUCCUCCAUCAGCAAAAGCAGCGGAAGAUUCAGCUCCAGCAGCAGGCUGAGGUGAUGUAUCGCAGCAGUAGUAGUGGAAUUAGCCUGAAUUCCAAUGGCACCUUCACUCCGGGCAUGUCGUCUGCUAGGUCAUUUAUUUCUUCGUUGAGCGUAGACUCCAGUGUUGCGAAUACGGAUGGGAGCGUGUUCCAUUUGAUUGGUUCGUCGCGCUCUGCAGAUCAAGGCUCCUAUCAUCACAAGAGAAGGUGCUGUGGGAGGGAAGAGGAUGGGAGUGUGAAAUGUGGGGACAGUAGUAGGUGUCGUUGCUGCUCGAAGAACAGGAAAAACAAGAUUAAAAGGUCAAUCAAGGUACCUGCUACAAGCAGUAACUUAGCUGAUAUCCCUCCUGAUGAAUACUCAUGGAGGAAGUACGGUCAAAAACCUAUUAAGGGAUCUCCUCAUCCAAGGGGGUACUAUAAAUGUAGCACCAUGAGAGGCUGUCCUGCUAGGAAACAUGUUGAGAGAUGCGUGGAAGAUUCCACGAUGAUAAUUGUAACUUAUGAAGGUGAGCAUAACCACCCAAAUUUACCUUCACAGUCGGCCAACACUUGAAUUUCACCCGAAAAAGGGUCAAGAUGCAGUUCAGAUACCCCUAAAGUCGGCUUGAAUUGUUCGUUGUGUACACACAUAUUUGGUCAGUACAUGUACAUGGUGUUAAAUUGUUGUUUAGAUCAUUCGUUUCGAAGCCUUGCUGUCAUCAGAAUUCAUUAACUAGUUGAGUUUCUUGAAUGUAAGGAACCAGAAUCUGCAGCAGCAUAUCAUUAUUUGUUGUGUUUUA